AUGAGAAACUGUUUCAUUCAGCGCUGCGAUAUAAAACAUCGGGACCAUCCCAAGCGUGCGAUGUUCAACAUACCGAAAGAUCCGGAAAAGUUUGAGCAGUGGCGCCAAGCGUUACCGAAGCAUCGACCACUGAGAAUACACGAUCGUGUUUGUGAAAAACACUUCAAACCGUCCGACAUUGUUCGGGACUGGAUACACAAUAUCAAUGGCAGGGAAGAGGUACUUCCUCGAAGGAAACCCAGCCUACUUCCUACUGCUGUGCCUUAUUACGAGGAACCAGCGGAAGCUGUCAACGUGAAACGACGGAAAACAGAGACCAAACGGGGCAAACAGGUCGCUCCGGAAGCUCAGGAUGAGACAACCCCAACGCGACGACGGGACAAGGCAGUGUCGUGUGUAAAGGAGAAGUCGAUAAAACAUGUACUUUCGAACGAUGGCAUCAUGAUCAUGGAGAUCAGUGCUGGAAACAAAGAAACGAGAAUGCCCGAGCCCGAGAGCUCGAAACCUGCGCUAUUGACGAUGGAACUAAACCAUGCGGCAGUAUUUGAAGAACUCUACGACAACAUUUUUGAAGUCGAAUUACCAUCCAUCCUAUGGGGAUUUCAUCGUGAUCCCGAGAGAAAGUUUGUGGCAUUCACACGGCUUGGUUGGCACCCAGAUGAUAUUAAUAGUGCUGCUAAACAUACGACACUGCUCAUCGAAGACUCGCUACGGUAUCGGGUCUGGCACGAAAAGAAAUUAGUGUUUGAUUACGCCAUCCUGAACAUGGAAGACCAAAACGCCGCCAACGGGCUUGAGCUUAUUUCGCGGUUGCUGGAAAAUCUCGAAGAAAAACUUUUAAAUAGCCAAGAUGUAAGUGAAAACUUCCAUUUGGUAGAUGUAAAGGCAUAAAACUCAUAUUUCCUGGAAAGUUUGUUUUCUUAAAACCAUUGAGACCAUUUCAAUAUUAGAACAUGCCAUAAGCAGCAACAGUUUCCAUCGAUUAUUGUA